AUGUCGGGCUGGACGCCGUACCGGCGCUCAGCUGUCCAUUCUGCCCCUCAUGUGGCCCCAUUCUUCCAAGGCAUUACUUUGACCACCGACAUCCAACUCGACGUCAAGCUCACUCGCGAGCAGGUCGUGCAGCGCUUCCAGGACAUGUUUGGCAAGGAGCCGCUGAUUGAGAUUGUCGCUCAGAAGGAUGCUGUUCCCGUCGUGAAGGACAAUGCGCAAAAGCAUUUUGUUCGUCUCGGUGGAUUUGCGGUCGAUCCUGCCACCAACCGUGUCGUCGUCGUUGCCACCCUUGAUAACCUCCUCAAGGGAGCUGCCACCCAGGCACUUCAGAACAUUAACAUUGCCCUCGGUCUGCGCGAGCUGGACGGAAUUAAAUCUGAGUAG